UAAAGGUCAAGGUGCAAUCUCGGAGAAGCCAUGCAGCGAGCCGCGAGGUCCCUCUUUCAGUCGCUCAGAGUAGGAGCUGGGCCCGGCAGACAGCAGGUGAGGUGCUACUACCUGAAGAAGAAGACCAAGAAGGGACCCUCGGGUCAGGCGUGGCUGGCGUUGGUCGGAAUCACGACCACUAUUACUGGAGUGACUAUCUAUCUACUGGGUCGUCGCGAAGAGACUAUUGAAGGACUAGACACUGCUCCAGAUAAGUAUGCUGAUGAGAAUGUGGUGAAGGCUUACUUCCUAAGAGCCUGGGACCAAGUAAAAGACUACCAACAGUCUUUCGCAAGGCCUCGGGACCACAAUCUGCUACCGGACCUUCUGCCCCCUCCGUACCAGAAGCCAUACACUCUCAUCCUCGAGCUCAACAACGUCCUCAUUCAUACCAACUAUGAUAGGAAGCAUGGCUGGACGUAUCAGAAGAGACCGGGGGUUGAGUACUUUCUCGGUCAUCUCUUCGACUUUUACGAGAUCAUCAUCUUCACUUCUGACAUCCCAAUGACGGCUCAGCCACUGAUAGCUGCCAUGGACCCCAACCAGUACACCAUGUACCAUCUCUACAGAAGUGAUACUAACUACACCAACGCACAUCACAUCAAGGAUCUGACCCACUUGAACCGGCCCCUGAGUAAAGUGGUGAUAGUUGACACGGACCCCAAGUCGGUGCAGUUCCAGCCAGAGAACAGUAUCAUUCUGGACAAGUGGAAGGGAGACGUCUCCGACAAAACUCUCUGGGACCUGGUCCCUCUUCUGCAGACUAUUGCACUGCAUGGUCCAAGUGAUGUGAGGCCAGUACUGGACUCAUACAAGGCAGAGGGAGACGGGAAAGUCAUGCAAGUGUUCAAAACAAAACAGGCUCUAUUACUGGAGCAGGAGGAGAGGGAGAGGGAGGAGAGGAAGAGACUGAGUCAGAAGUCUGGUUCAAGAUUUGGCGGGCAGUUCUCCACUUUCUCUCUCGGUACUGGGGUCGCUGGACAGAGGACCACACCCCCACCUCCUCCUCCUCCCUCCUCACCCUCCUCACCCUCCUCACCACACUCACAAUCAGCACCAGUUCCUUCGGCUGAAGGUGGCUCAACUGAUGAUGACUCUUGGACUACCUGGAUAGGCAGUUGGAUAGGCUGGAAAUAAUGAUGUUGCUCGUUACCGUUCUAUUUGUGCAUUCCAAUUACUCGAUUAUUAUUACGCACAUCAAGAUAAUUCCAAAAUGAUCACAAGUCUAUGCUGAUCAACAUAUCAAGUCAUGUGACUGUCACAUGUCAACAAUGGUCAUCGAACUUAUAAGAUUGGAUAUGUAGCCACUGCACUAUUAUAGGCUAAAAGAUAAGCAGCAAUAAUUAUUGUGAUUCAGAUGACAACAUUAACUUUCAACAAUGGAGUGUAACGAGUGAUCAAUCAUUAAUGUAUGAGAUUAACAUAGUCCUGAAUGUCCAUUGCAUAAGGGGAGUUCCAGUCUCUCAGGAAGACCUGAGCCAGUUGGCACUGUAGAGUGGCAUUGGGAGGAGAGACUGAGGUCUGGUUGAAUGUGAGACUCAGUCCUCCCGUGUCAUUCCAGUAGUCUGCUGACCAGUUGGAGGUCGCUAGAGGGAGGAGGGAGGGGGAGACAAAUGGCAGAGAACAAAGUAAGAAAGGAAAGCAGCAGAGAAAGUCAGAGGGAAGGGGCACCAGAGAAGGGAAAAUGAAAAUACUUGAAUUUCUCGUUAUAUCUCUUUUCAUGCUCAACUCUUCAGCUUUUAUCAAUAGACGUCAAUUAAUGGUACCAUCUUUCUUUCGUCAAUCUCCUUAACUGCUUCGAGCAAGUAUUCUCGUACAACUCACUGACGUAAGCAGCGUUGUCAGUGACCAUGUACUUGUUGUGGUUGACUCGUGUGUAGGGAAUGUGUUUGCCAGGGACUGGAGGCACACGGAACAAUCUAGCCUGGAUGGUGCCAUAUUUUCUGCCAAUGGGGCUGUCGGCGGCGAGACUGGCGAGGAACUUGAGCUGGUCGGGAGAGGUGUGGUCCCAGUAACUGCCCAGGAACCUCACGUGGACUCCUCUGUCAUAGGCUGCCCUCCUGAGAGCAUCGUCCACUACUGGCCAGUACCUGGGGCCAUACAUACAUACAUCAUACAUACAGUAGCUGGGG